UAACAAUGGAGCAGAAAAUGGCCGCCUGAGCGGGCGGGGGCGGCGCGGCGGCGGAGCGGCACGGGCGGAGCGCGGACAGCCGGCACCCAGCCCCGAGCGGCGCGGGCAGCGGCGCACCCACAGCCGGGGGGCGGCGGCGGGCGGCGGCGGCGGGCGGUACUCUUCUACUCAUCAAGAUGGAAAGCUCAGAUUCUAGUGAUAAAGGAAGUAUUGAUCAGUCAGAAGCCCAACGUCAGAGCCAGCUGGAUCGGUUAGACCGAGAAGAAGCUUUCUAUCAGUUUGUGAACAACCUGAGUGAAGAGGACUACAGGCUUAUGAGAGAUAACAAUUUGCUAGGAACACCAGGUGAAAUUACUGAAGAAGAGUUGCUGAGAAGGCUACACCAAGUUAAAGAAGGUCCGCCACAGCAAAACAGUGAUGAGAAUAGAGGUGCAGAGUCCGCAGAAGAUGUUUCAAAUGGAGAUUCUAUAAUAGACUGGCUUAAUUCAGUCCGACAGACUGGAAAUACGACACGAAGCGGGCAGCGAGGAAACCAGUCCUGGAGAGCAGUGAGCCGGACUAACCCCAAUAGCGGCGACUUCAGAUUCAGUUUGGAAAUAAAUGUCAACCGUAAUAAUGGGAACACGAAUCCAGAAACUGAGAAUGAGCCAUCUGUAGAGCCUUCCAAUGGGGAGGAUUUGGAAAACAGCCAAAGUGACUCUGAAAUUCCAAGGUCUGAAUCACCAUCUGUAAGGCAGCCUGGAUCAGAAAGGAGCAGUGCGGAGGAGCUGACAGCUGAGGAGGCUUCCCCUCCUAGAGGGCAGAGGAGAGCCAGGAGUAGGAGUCCAGAGCAGCGGCGGACGCGGGCUAGGACUGAUAGAAGUAGGUCACCUAUUAAUGCAGUGAGCGAGGCCCCUCGCAGGUCUCAUCACAACACAUCAUCUCAAACGCUUGACCACUCCUCAGCGGGCGAGGCUGAGGGCAGCUCUAGAACCAGACAGCACGUGACGUUAAGGCAGCACACAGUGGGGACUGAGGUGCCAAGUGAAAAUGCAGUUCUGUUUUCCCCCCCUGAGACGAGGCCUGCUCCUCAAGCAGCAGGUUCUUCAGAAAGCACCGGCACUGGCGAGUCCACAGCUCCUGGGCAGAGGCCUCCCACCAUAGUGCUGGACCUGCAGGUGAGAAGAGUUCGCCCGGGCGAGUACCGGCAGAGGGACAGCAUCGCCAACAGGACCCGCUCGCGCUCCCAGACCCCCAACAACACGGUCACCUACGAGAGCGAGCGCGGAGGCUUCCGGCGCACCUUCUCCCGCUCGGAGCGGGCUGGGGUGAGAACUUACGUCAGCACCAUCAGGAUCCCCAUCCGUAGGAUCCUGAACACGGGCCUGAGCGAGACCACGUCGGUCGCCAUCCAGACCAUGCUGAGGCAGAUCAUGACGGGCUUCGGGGAGCUCAGCUACUUCAUGUACAGCGAUAGCGAUGCAGAUUCCAGUGGGUCGGCUCCCAGUCACAACGUGGAGACUUCUGAGCCGCAGAGUGGAGGCGGGGGCGCCUCGGGCAAUGAGAAUGCAGAUGUUAGCUCAGGGGAGGUGUACGAGGGGGGGCACGAGGCCAGCUCAACAUCCGGUGCCAGGCGGGAAGGCCGCAAUGGGAGGGGAUCGGUCACUUUUGAAGAAAGUGGUUCUUUACCAUUCCUUAGCCUUGCACAGUUUUUCUUACUCAACGAAGAUGACGAUGACCAACCCAGAGGACUCACCAAAGAACAAAUUGACAACCUAGCCAUGAGGAAUUUUGGUGAGAGCGACGCUCUGAAAACCUGCAGCGUGUGCAUCACCGAGUACACGGAGGGCAACAAGCUCCGCAAGCUGCCGUGCUCGCACGAGUACCACGUGCACUGCAUCGACCGCUGGCUGUCCGAGAACUCCACCUGCCCCAUCUGCCGCAGGGCAGUCCUGGCCUCCGGGAACAGGGAGAGCGUGGUCUAAAGCAGAGCUGAGUGAUGGCCAGGCAGCCGGUGUGAUAGUGAUGGGCAAAGAAGUCACUUCCUUUAUGGCCACUUUUUGAGUGGUACCUCAAUGUAUAGUAAUGACUCGGAGUGAAUCUUCCCUCCUGAAAGCGUUUUCUCUGGAUUCAAGAUUUGGGAAUUGGAAAAUUUCUUUAAUUAGGUUUUUCGAGUUCUAGUUGGUUUGGGUGUUCAAUUUCACUUGUCCAAAGACAUCUCCCCACUUCAAAAUAUUUUUUUUCUUUGUGAAGAUAUUAAGUUCUUUCUCUUUCCCAGCCCUUGCCAUCCCAGCCCAAUAAACAGUUUUUCCUCAA